UAUCCUUGUCUAUCAAGUCUAUCAGUCUCGUCUACCACCACCGAUGUCCUACGAAGUCGCUCUUUUUGGUGAAUUCUUUGCUCGAGAUCUUACCGCCAUUCUUGCCCGCAUCACACUACAUUCCGAAUCUUCGGCUGCGAUGCAUAUUCGUGAGGUCGUUUUUGAGCCCGUCAACCGCGAUACCGAGCCCGUUCUGCUGCGUGCGCGUAAGGAUCUCAUGGAUCCCGAUGGGGGCUGGGUUCUUUUCUCUUAUCUGGCACCAGAGAGCGUCCGUGCGCAUCCAGAGGCGACGGUACGCCCGUGGGCGACUGUUCAUGUUCGCGGAGACGCGCUGUGUUUCGCAUGUGCGCUGGGGUACGUGAGGCGGUCGCAGAUAUACAAGAGAGGAUAUGUUUUCAGGAGAGGGAUGCUGGUCAUUCAGAUGUUCCAGCAGGAAAAAAUUGAUCCCAAAACACAAGAACCUAUUCCUGCAUCCGCUGAUACUCUCUGGGAGGUUGAAGUAAAGACCGCGUUUCCCGUACGGAACACCCAGGACACACCUCUGAGCCGUGCUAUUGAUGCCGUGCUCGACGUCCAGCUCCUCAUGAAAGGGCUCCUUGAUCUGCGUCGUCAAGAUGUUUGACCAACUCGCAAUGAUUCUACGGCACCCUCAAACCCAAGUAUGCUGCAAGAUGCGAAGGCUGUCGCAACUGCGAUGAGGCGCGCGCGAACAGACUCGUAGUGGUUCCUUACUCGUCACAUUCCCGCUGUACGCGUAAUGAACUUUUCAUCGUUCUCUUUUGAACUGGAAGAGAGUGGAAGAACCAUGGGAUAGGAGAAGAUGAAUACUAUUUCAUGUUGACAGAUGUCGAGCCGCGUCUCUGUUCCAAGAGAAGAACACGGGAAGGGGAGGAAACUGUGAAUAAUGACGUCUACAUUAUCUGUAAAUAAAAUAUUCGUUGUCAUUCAGAUCACG